GAUCUAAUAAACAAGGGCAUCGACAAACAGGAAAAGUCUCCCGAGCUGGCUAGGUGCUGCAGAAAACUCUCUCCAGCUCUCAAACUCCCCACAACCACUUCUCCAUACUCUUUUUCGGUCCUGAACCACUUCAAGCCAGUAUCCAUUUCCUUCCGAUGCAUAGAAGAGCCCGCAAACCAUGGCGUCUCAUUCCUCUCAAACCACCCGAACCCCGAAAUCGCGUGCUUCGUUCAAAAGGGUUUCUCGGAAGUUACCCAGGAAAUUGUUGGGAGAGCAGUCCAUGGACUAUGCAUAAAGGGUUUAGUGCGUUUGAGUGUAUUUCAUUCGAAUACUUUAAUAAACAUGUAUUCAAAAUUCGGUCAUAUAGAACGUGCUUGGAAUAUGUUCGAUAAAAUGUGUGAAAGAAAUGAAGCUUCGUGGAAUAACAUGAUGUCGGGGUUUGUUCGAGUGGGUCUUUACCGGGAAGCUUUUGGAUUCUUUCGUGAAAUGUGUGGACAUGGUAUCAAGACAAGUGGGUUUAUGAUUGCUAGUUUGGUAACAGCGUGUGAUAGGUCGGAUUGUAUGUUAUGUGAAGGACUUCAAGUUCAUGGUUUUGGUGUUAAGAUUGGUUUGUCUGCUGAUGUUUUUGUGGGAACUUCUCUUUUGAAUUUUUACUGCUCCUAUGGCCUUGUUUCUUCGGCCCUGAAGCACUUUGAGGAGAUGCCUGAGCGGAACGUAGUCACUUGGACUUCAUUGAUAGUUGGGUAUUCAUGUAAUGGCGAUUUGGGACAAUCUAUAGACAUUUAUGGGCGAAUGAGGCGUGAAGGUGUAUGUUGCAAUGAAUGCACACUCGCUGCAGUCAUUAGUUCCUGCGGGAUGCUUGGGGAUGAACAGUUGGGUAAUCAAGUCCUUGGACACGUUGUAAAGUCUGGAUUAGAGACUAAUGUUUCUGUUGAAAACUCCCUCAUAUCAAUGUUUGGUAGUUCUGGUCGCAUGGAGUUAGCCUGCUAUGUCUUUGAUCACAUGGAUAAACACAACACAAUCUCAUGGAAUUCAAUGAUUUCAGCAAAUGCACAUAAUGGGCUUUGUGAAGAAUCAUUAAGAUAUUUUUACUGGAUGCGUCAUGUCCAUGAAGAGAUAGAUUCUACAACAGUUUCAACUUUGUUAACAGUCUGCGGUUCUGUAAAUAAUUUGAAGGGGGGCAGAAGAAUUCACGGUCUAGUAGUAAAAAUGGGACUGGAAUUAAACGUUUGUGUAUGCAAUACUCUUAUAAAUAUGUAUUCUGAGGCUGGAAGUUCUGAGGAUGCAGAGUUGGUGUUCCAGAAAAUGCCAGACAAGGAUUUAAUCUCGUGGAAUUCCAUGCUGACAAGCUAUGUUCAGGAUGAGAAGUGCCUGUAUGCCUUAGAACGUUUUUCUGAAAUGAUUCGGAUGGAAAAAGCAAUAAACCAUGUGACUUUUGCAAAUGUAUUGGCUGCCUGUUCGGACCCUGAAUUUCUUGUUGUGGGCAAGAUUGUUCAUGCCCUUGUAAACCUUGCUGGCUUACAUGACAACUUGAUCGUUGGCAAUGCAUUAGUUACCAUGUAUGGAAAGUCUGGUAUGAUGGUCGAAGCAAAAAAAGUAUUCCAAACAAUGCCCAUGCGAGACGAAGUAAGUUGGAAUGCACUCAUAGGUGGUCAUUCUGAGAAUGAAGAAUCCAAUGAAGCAGUAGAAGCUUUUAAAUUGAUGAGAGAAGAUGGCGUUCCUGCAAACUACAUUACAAUUGCAAAUGUUCUUGGUGCUUGCUUGACUAUGUAUAAUCUACUAAAACAUGGGAUGCCUAUCCAUGCACAUGUAGUUCAGACAGGGUUUGAAUCAGAUAAGUAUGUGCAGAAUUCCCUUAUCACAAUGUAUGCCAAGUGUGGUGAUCUGAACUCUAGUAAUUACAUUUUUUGUCAUUUGGCUGAUAAGAACUCUGUCACAUGGAAUGCUGUAAUCACUGCAAAUGCUCAUCAUGGCCAUGAGGAAGAGGCUUUAAGACUUCUUUCACAAAUGAGACGCAUCGGAGUAGAUUUAGAUCAAUUCAGCUUCUCUUUGGCUCUUGCUGUUACUGCUAACUUGGCCAUACUGGAUGAAGGCCAACAGCUUCACGGUUUGGCAAUUAAACUUGGGUUUGAGUCAGAUCAUUAUGUUUUAAAUACUGCAAUGGAUAUGUAUGGAAAAUGUGGGGAAAUGGACGCUGUGUUACGAAUACUUCCCUUACCAAGCAACAGGUCACGAUUAUCAUGGAACAUAUUGAUAUCGGCUUUUGCAAGACAUGGGUGUUUCCAAAAGGCUAGGGAAACUUUUCAUGAAAUGCUAAAACUGGGGCUAAAACCUGAUCAUGUCACAUUUGUCUGUCUCCUAUCUGCAUGCAGUCAUGCAGGCCUUGUGGAUGAGGGUCUUGCGUACUAUGCAUCAAUGACUACAGAAUUUGGUGUUCCAGCAGGAAUAGAGCAUUGUGUAUGCAUAAUUGAUCUUCUUGGACGAUCAGGAAGGCUUGCUGAGGCUGAAACUUUUAUUAAAGAAAUGGCAGUCCCUGCAAACGACCUUGUCUGGCGGAGCUUUCUGGCUGCAUGCAAAAUCCAUGGCAAUUUGGAGCUUGCCAGGAACGCUGCAGGUCAUCUUUUUGAGUUAGCUCCAUCAGAUGACUCAGCUUAUGUUCUUUAUUCAAAUGUCUGUGCAACUACCGGGAGAUGGGAGGAUGUAGAGAAUGUCAGGAUGCAAAUGGGAUCUAAUAGCAUAAAGAAGAAGCCUGCAUGCAGUUGGGUCAAGUUGAAGAAUAAGGUGAGUUCAUUUGGGAUGGGAGACCAGUCCCAUCCAGAGACUGAACAGAUAUACACCAAGUUGGGAGAGCUUAGGAUGAUGAUAAAAGAAGCAGGUUAUGUUGCUGAUACAACCCAUUCACUGCAUGAUAUAGAUGAAGAACAAAAGGAGCACAAUCUUUGGAACCACAGUGAGAGAAUUGCCCUUGCAUUUGGAUUGAUCAACACUCCAAAAGGUUCACCCAUCAGGAUUUUCAAGAAUCUUCGUGUUUGUGGUGAUUGCCAUUCUGUUUACAAGUUUGUUAGUGGACUUGUUGGCCAGAAAAUCAUAUUAAGGGAUCCAUACCGGUUUCACUGUUUUAGCGGGGGGAAGUGUUCUUGUUCUGAUUAUUGGUAAUGAAGCUAAUUAUGAGCUCAGUUUAUUAGCUUUGUUAAGAGUACACAGUAGUGACUUGCAGAUGAAGCCAUGAAGGUUGAGUUUUUAAUCUGGGAUUGGGUAUAGGUUAUCCUGUUUGAUGUUGAGAGUUCCUUUUUGUACAAUAUAUCUGUAUUUUAUAUUAUUGGUUCCAUUGAAAUUUUGGAAUAGAAAUUCAUUUGCGAAAUUUGUCAUAUUAA